AUCCUUAUUUUCAUGAAAUUGAUAACCUAAUCACUAUAGAGAGAGAGAGGGGGGUCACCGGAAAAGUGAUAGUGCUACAAGCCGACGAGAUCAAUUUGGCCGGAGGUUAAAGGGCAGAAGACAAAGCUGUUCAAAGAAAAGAGGGAGAAGACAUAGGCGAGAUUGUGUGUGGCUUAUCUUUUUGGUUUGGCUUAUCUUUUUGGUUUUUGGUGUGACAUACACGUGUCAUUGUUCGACUGUCGGUCGCUCAAGAUCUACACGGGAGUAGUCCCAUCCCAUCUCUCAUCAUCAAAUCGAGAAGAUCAGAAUACUAGUACAUACUCAUGAAAUGGUAGUUACAAGUGCGAAAAAACCCUUACUUUUCAUCAUCUCGCUCUUCCCUCUCUCUAUCCUCGCCGUGCUCUGGUUCUCUCCCUCUUCUCCCUUCUCCGAACCAUCGCUUUCCGUUUCAUCUCCAAUGUCCGGGAAAAAAGAUAUAUGGAGUGUUCGAAGAAUUAUGGAGUGGCGGCCUUGCAAAUGGUGGCUUGAUGGACAUUUAACUGCUCUGCCAGCAGAGAGUAAUGGGUACAUUCGAGUGGAUUGCUAUGGUGGGCUUAAUCAAAUGAGAAGGGAUUUUUGUGAUGGUGUUGGCAUAGCACGUUUGCUGAAUGCAACUCUUGUUUUGCCAAAGUUCGAAGUGGCUGCAUACUGGAAUGAAUCAAGUGGUUUUGCAGAUGUAUUUGAUGUGGAUUACUUCAUAAAACAGAUGAAUGGCUUUGUUAAAGCUGUCAAAGAAUUGCCAGCAGAGAUUGCAUCGAAAGAACCAGUCCAGGUGGAUUGCAGCAAACGUAAAGGCCAAUUUGAUUACGUGGAAAGUGUCCUUCCUUCUCUACUGAAGCAUCAUUAUAUUUCACUCACCCCAGCAAUGAGCCAAAGGAGAGAUAGAUAUCCUCUACAUGCAAAGGCUGCUCUUUGUCAAGCUUGUUACAAGGCGUUACGCCUUACCAAAGCCUUGGAAAAUAAAGGCUCCAAACUCCUUCAAGCCAUACCAAAGCCCUUUCUCUCACUUCACCUUCGUUUUGAGCCUGACAUGGUAGCAUACAGUCAAUGCGAGUAUUCUGGCCUUUCUUCUUCCUCCAUGGAAGCCAUAGAAGCUUCACGGGGAGAUCGAAAACCCUGGACCGGAGAAUCCGCCCGUGUUUGGCGUAACCGUGGAAAAUGCCCCCUCACUCCUAAAGAGACUGCUUUCGUCCUUCAAUCUCUUUCCAUCCCAACAGACACAAAUAUUUAUUUGGCAGCUGGUGAUGGCCUUAUGGAGCUGGAAGGGUUAACUUCUGUCUACACUAACAUUUUCACAAAAGCUACCUUUCUUAGUGGCGAGGAAUUUGCAAGCAUGCAUGGGAACACGAAAGCUGCUCUGGAUUACUAUAUAUCUAUCAAUAGCGAUUCGUUUGUUGCUACGUACUUUGGGAAUAUGGAUAAGAUGGUUGCGGCCAUGCGGGCUUUUAAGGGGUUGUUUAAGACACUUCUAUUGAGCCGGAGGGCUUUUGCAGAAUUCACCUCUCAGGGUUUGCAAGGGAACGAGUUGAGAGAAGCCCUUUGGAAGGUGCAUAGAGAUGAUUUUGUGAUGGGGAGAGGGUCUGCUUUGCCGGAUUGCUUUUGUGAGUUCAAGUUGUGAGAUUUUAGGUUUCCUUUCUGUUGAAUUUACCUUUUAUGGGCUAAAAUAUAACGCCUUUUUAGCAGUAGAAAAAGGGUCAUGUUAGUUCAACAUCUCAAUGCAAGAUCUAGAAAUAUUCUUUCACUUGCUUAGCUCUCUACUUCUUUUUCACCUCCUUGUUUGGUGCUAGGCAAUAGGGACAUGAUACGAAAAUUCAGUAUUUGUUUUUUUCAAUCCGCGGUAUGAAAAUUUCCAAUUCGUUGUUGAGCAAUCAA